CCUGACCGCCAUGGCGCAGAGCAGCUUGUCCGGCAUCUUCAUCCGCUCUCAUCAGACCAGAACGUCGCCAAAGACGCACAUAGCGUAUGCUGUCGAGGUGCACGAGUCAACGUCGAGGACAUGGACAGUGUGGCGAAGGUAUAGCGAAUUUGAGGAUCUCGACAAAGAUCUACUCGCAGAUGUUGGCUCAUCCCCGAGCCACCCUUCCUUACCGCCCAAACGAAGCUGGACGAUGAAAAUGGGACGAGGCAUACACGACGAGAGCCUCAUAGAAGAACGUAGGCUCGGUCUCGAGCAAUACUUGAGAGGUAUACUUGGCGGUCGUGACGAUCGAUUCAGGCAGAGCCAUUGCUUCAUUGCGUUCAUUGCAGCUGCCCCUGGUGCUAGCUCCUCGUCGAAAGCUGCUCUAGCGUCAACGGGCUUCACUGUCUCGACUUGGCUCGACGAACAUGCAAGCCUGGUCGGACUGAGCCGAGAGAUCCGUGCGGAGCUUAGUCGGCGAGACUCGCUCUCGACUUCUGGUGACUCUACAGCAUCCCACCAAGCCAAUGUGCAAGCGAAGAAGAAGCUGGCUCAGCUUGUAUCGCGUUCGACAACGCUCUCCAAGGGAUUGGCAGAACUGGCAAAAUCUGGUCUGCCAGAGGGCGAGCUCAGGAGGCGAACAGACAUGAUAUCCUCCCUACAAGACGAUGCAGAAACCCUCGGAAAGCUGUCUGUUGCCAGUCGUCACCCAGCACGGGGCGCGAUGCCGCGUGAGUCUGUAUCUACUGGUCGCGCGGAACUGCUGGGGUCCAGCGCGGGCCUCAAACGACCGGGUCGAACGCUCGGCGCAGGCGCUAAACCUGUUGAGACUACCGAGACACGUGCACUUGACGAUCAUGGGCUGAUGCAGCUCCAGACACAAAUGAUGUCUGCUCAAGAUGACCGAUUAUCGAGCCUAUCUGCUGUAGUGAGGCGGCAGAAAGAGCUCAGUCUGGCUAUCUCUCACGAGCUAGAAUCCCAGAACGAGCUCCUCGAUGGUCUGUCGAACGAUGUAGAUUCGAGCGCAGCCAAAUUGGGCAGCGCCACGAAACAGCUCAGGCGAUUAGGCUAGUCUGGGGCGUACAAUUAGAAUUGACAAUGUACAACAGGAUGUUGUGAUCUUCUAGACCUUGACCUUGAACCUCUUGCUUGCGGUGUAUGUCUUGCCGCGCGAGUAAGUGUCCUCGCCGACCGAGUAUGGCUCCUUCUUAUGCUGACUUCCGAAUCGUUUCCUGAGCGCCGCGAUCAUCUGAGUGAACCAAAAGAUAUUGAGGCCUGAGAUUGUUUUGUCAGUUCCGCGCAGAUGCUAGCAGAGAGCAUUACCCCAGAGCACAAUAUUGGCGACAAUGUAGACCUCGCGUAGUCCAGCAGGAAUCUGGCUUCUCACUUGAUGCGUCACCUUGACAAAGACGAUACUCUGCCAUGUGCCGUAGACCAGCCGGACGCUGAAGAAUGUGAUCAGAAGCACGAUGCCGUUGA